AUGGCAGCGGCGAUGAAGCUGGUCGCCGGUGGCUUCUUGUCGGCUGUCGUGGAUGGCGCAGCCUCCAAGGCUGCUGCGUGCCUCGAGAGCAACUACAAUAUGCAAGAGCGUGUCAAGGAGUUAUUGAGCGAACUGGAGACCAAGCUGACCAUGGUGAAGGCCAUAUGCGAGGCUGCAGACAACUGGCUCAUCACGAACACCAACCUGGUUCAAUGGCUGAGGCUCUUACAUACUACGGCUCAGGAAGCCGAGGAUGCACUUGACGAAUUCCAGGUUGAAGAGGCAAGCAUCACCGGCAAGCGCAAGGUGAGCGAGCUCAUAGUGUCAUCCCUUAGGUCUCUGAAAAAUCUGGUCAUCCCUGAUAGAGAUAUGAUUAGGCUGGAGCAAGUAGUAAAAACCCUUACCCAGCUCUGUGCAACCUCGAACACUUUUCUUGAGCUCCUCAAAUUGGAUGAUUACAAAGCAAACCAGCAGCAGGCAAGAGUUGCUGGAGAGGCCACCUCUCAGCUUCCCAUAGACGUCCAGGUGUUUGGCCGGGAAGAGAUAACAGAGUUUAUCCUGCAGAUGAUUAUUGGAUCAUCAUCACAUGAUCAUGAAAGAUCCAGCGGUGGAACUGGAAAAACAAGAGCAGCUAGGGACAACAUUAUAGUUCUCCCAAUAGUCGGUAUGAGUGGAGUCGGAAAGACAACACUGGCCCAGGUUGUCUACAAUCAUGCAGAGGUGAAGAAACACUUUCAGCGGAGAGCUUGGGUCUAUGUUUUAGAGCAUUUCAGCUUCAAAAGAACCUUACAAGAGAUCCUGUUUUCCUUCAAUGGAUAUGAGGACAAUGGUUUGGAUAGCUGUGAUAGCAUGGAAGCCACCAUCACAAAGCUCCGUAGCAAGAACUGUGAAGGAUAUAAAUUCUUUCUGGUGCUAGACAAUGUAUGGGAAGAGAUAUGCCAACAAUGGAGCACCCUACUCACUGUAUUAUCUGACGAAGCACGUCAAUGUGACAGUGUUCUCCUUGUCACAACUCAGAACCAAAAGGUUGCACAAACAAUCGCCAGAGUACGUCCCAUACAACUGAAAGCUUUGCCAUGGGAGAGCUUCUGGCCUCUCUUUCAGUACUACGCAUUUGGGGGCACUGAAGUUGCCCAACAAGAAGACAACUGCAACAUGCUAUCUAUUGGUAGAGAAAUUGCAAUGAAGCUAGAUGGACUUCCAUUAGCGGCGAAAGUAAUAGGAAACCUUCUGAGAUGUAGAUUCUCCCAGGCUAACUGGAGAAGGGUUGUGGACAGUGACUGGUGGAACUUGAGUGAUGCUCUGCAGGAAAUUCUACCCUACCUCAGGGUCAGUUACCAGCACCUAUCACCACAACAAAGGCAGUGCUUUGCCUUCUGUUCGAUAUUUCCUAGAAACUACCUGUUUGACAAGGAAAGGAUUGUUCAAAUGUGGAUUGCUCAUGAUUUCAUACAGCGAAAACACAUUGCAGUUGGUAUAAAGCCAGAAGAUGUUGGGAGGCAAUGCUUCGAUGCGCUCGUGGACAGCUCCUUGUUCCAACCCACAAUUGUCGACAACAAGUAUGUCAUGCAUGAUUUGGUGCGUGGUUUAGCAAUUGCCGUUUCUGUGGACCAAUGCUUCCUCCAUGAUGAAAGAGCAGGGGGAGCUUCUUCCCAAGCACUGGAAAAUGUUCAUCACUUGUCCUUGCAGACUGGUAGCUUGGAGCAGUGCCAGGAGCUGCACAAGUACAAAAAUCUGCGGACUCUCCUACUAUUUGGUCGUUUUGAAAGUGAUGCAUUUUUUCCCCUUCUUGAUGGCAUGCUAAGGAAUUCACCAAGCCUCCGUGUGCUGGACUUGUCAUAUGUCGAAGCUCUAGGGAGCGGAUGGCCCAAUAACGCUAGGAGUUUGAGAAAAUUACGGUUCCUAGAUUUGUCAUUUACAAGGAUCACAAAGUUUAAGGAUCUCCCAGUUAAUCUCCAAGUUUUGCAUCUUCGGGGAUAUGAUGUUGACAGCUUACCACAAAAUAUCACCAAGCUGAGCAACCUGCGACAUCUGUUUGUAGAUAAUUCAGCACUCUCAAAUAUUCCAGGGAUCGGACAGCUCACUGAACUUCAAGGACUGGAUGGUUUCAUCGCUCGAAAGGGGCAAGGAUUCACGAUAAGAGAGUUGAAGAACAUGCAGGAGCUCACUGGACAACUAUGCAUUCGCGGCCUCGAGAACGUGCGAAGUAAGGAGGAGGCGAUGGAAGCAAGAAUGAUGGGCAAGAAGCACCUGUGCAGCCUGGUGAUUGAAGGGAGAAAGGUGCCCAAGUUUGUUCUUGAAGGAUUGCAGCCACACCGAAACAUACAGGAACUAACCAUCAAAUUCUACCAGGACCAAAAUUUUCCUCACUGGGUGCUGCAGCUGGAUAACCUGGCCAAUCUCGUACAUGUAAAUCUUGAAAGCUGCAUUGGCUUGUCUACCCUUCCCCCAUUAGGCCAUCUCCCUUUGCUCAAACUUUUCAGUCUAAGAAAGCUACCGUCGGUAAAGCAUAUUGAUGGCACAUCCUUUGGUGGUUUCCCAUCACUUGAAGAGUUGGAGUUUCAUUGGUUAGAGAAAUUGGAGGAUUGGACAGAGCCAGACGAAGCAACAGCGGCAGCUCAUGUUUAUGGAUCAUCAUUGUUCCUUGGAUGCCUUAAGAAACUUCAUCUAGUAAACUGCUUAUCACUGAGACAAUUCCCACGGCUGCCACACUUAUCUGCAUUGAAAGAGCUGAAGAUCUCCAACCCUGGAAACUACAUCCUAGAAUUACCAAACUGUUUACAAGUCUUGGCGUGCCUAACAACCUUGAAUAUCGAGUACUGCCAACACAGCAUUGUACUGUCCGCGCAUCAGUUCAAGUCCCUGGAAAAUCUUGAGCUCAUAAAAUGUGAAGGGCUACGUUUGGUUGAUGGUUUCCAGUGCUUUUGCAAACUGCGAAGCGCACGAGUGGAGGGUUGUCCUCAACUCCUAAGUGACAGUGCUUCCUCUGUCUCAGCUAACCUUGGGCAAAAUUUGCAUGAGAAGCAGCAGCAGCAGGGUGUCAAACUUCUAACCCACCUCAGAACUGAUGAUAGCUUGAUGAAUGGAGAUUACUUCAGGAUGAUAGGAAACCUCUCAUCACUUUGCAAACUGGAAAUGUACAACAUACCCAACACCACACAUUUCUCAGAGGACCAAGACCUGUGGUUUCAGCAACUGACCUCACUGAAGUGCCUCCACAUUCAUGGCAGCCUCACAUUGCAACACCUCCCUUCUUCCUUGGCUGUGUUGCCAUCCAUCGAGGAACUAGAACUUCUUGGUUUGCACAACCUACACUCAUUGCCGGAUGCUCUUCCUCCAAAGCUUCAGAAGUUGGUAAUUGAUAACUGUACUGGAGAUCUGAUUAUUACGGUAUCCAAAGAUGGGUCGGAUUGGCCAAAGGUUGUCCAUGUUCCAUACAUCUUCGUAGAUGGUACAGUGGUUCAAAACAUAUAG